AACCAAGCCGCCGUAUAUCCGCCCCCGACGUUCAAGCCAACCAAAUUGAGUUCCAAUAGCGCAUGCGAGGCAGCUUGUAGCCGAGACGAUGCGUCCUCCAAGGACGACGUCCCGCGUGCUACAGCGGUCCGCGGGGCCGUCGUCCUUCGUUUGCCGCCGCUGCCUCUCCCGCAGCUUCGCGAGCGCCGCGGCCACACCCCCGACCUCGGGCAUAGCUGCCCUAAAGUCCCGGCAGCUCAUAUCCGUUGCAGGCCGCGACGCCGUGAAAUACUUGCAGGGGGUCAUCACGGCCAACAUAUUCGGCCCGGGUGGAACACCCCGCACCUCGGGCUUUUACACGGCCUUCCUCUCGGCCCAGGGCCGGGUUCGCUACGAUUCCUUCAUCUACCCGGGUCUCGGGGCCGGCCCGGCCACCGACGGCGCCGAUAGCUUCCUUGUCGAGGUCGACGCCGAGGACGCCGACAGCCUUGUCGUCCAUAUCAACCGCUACAAGCUCCGCGCCAAGCUCAAAGCCCGCCUGCUCGGCCCGAACGAGUCCACAGUAUGGCAGGUAUGGGACGACUCGCGCGGACUUCCUGCACUAACCAUCGACGGCCUGGGAGCUGCCAAGUUCGGCACUCCCAGGCUGAUGCUGCGCGACCCUCGCGCGCCGACGAUGGGGAGCCGGGUGAUCACCACGGGUCCCGCCACCGCCGCCACCGCGUCCAGGCUCUCGUCGCUCCUCAAUCUGGAACCGACCGACGAACUGCACUACCGCGUGCGGCGGUACCUCAACGGCGUGGCCGAGGGCCAGUCGGAGCUGCCGCACGGGCAGGCCCUCCCGGCCGAGAGCAACAUGGACCUGUCGGGCGCCAUCGACUUCCGCAAGGGCUGCUACGUCGGCCAGGAGCUCACCGUCCGCACCAAGCACCGCGGCGUCGUCCGCAAGCGCGUCCUGCCCUGCAUCAUCUUCGACGGCGAGACGCCGCCCGCGAACCUCCGCUACGAACCAUCCGCUCCCCCGCCAACGACGACGGAAGACGGCGCGCCCGAGCGGGACGUGGCGGGCGACGGCGAUGCCGUGUCGCCGCCGACGCCAUCGGCCGACGUGAUCACGCACGGGGAGAGCAUCACGCGACUAGGCAGGACGGGCCGUGUCGCCGGAAAGUGGCUGGCCGGGACCGGGAACAUCGGGUUGGCGCUGUGCCGACUGGACGCCAUGACGGACCUGCCCCCGCCGCCCGGGGAGACCCCCACGUACGAUCCAAACGACGUCUUUGUCAUGUCUGCCUCCUCCUCGCCAGACAGCUCCAUGGUCGCGCCGAGUCGGACUGUCAAGGUCAAGGCGUUUGUGCCCGACUGGCUGAGACGCGGGCUUGUGCAGCAGGCCGAGGCCGCUGCUCGUGGGCACUAAUAGGUGCUUUUCUUGUGUUUUGUAGGGGCUUGGGUGCAGUAAACCCGGGUGAUCUCCAAUUUAAAGUAGAAAAAUAUCCAUCCUGCACAAAGAGCCAUGAAUAGGCGCCCAUGGUAUCGUUAUUUCAUAUUGGGUAUCUUGUAAAACAAGGCCGUACUAGCCAAAUCUGCUGCACUCUUCUCCAUCUACUAUAUGGUAUUUUGCCUGAUCUGUUGUGCAGCGCAAUAGCCG